GGGGAUUUGGACUGUCCCAGCUGUGAACUGUGCAGGAUCCGAAUUCUCCAGUUCCUUCUCCGCUUCUCCAAUAGGAUAUCUGUGAUCACUGAGACACCAUGGCACAGAAAAGUCAGCUCAGUGAUGACGAAAAGUUCCUCUUCGUGGACAAAAACUUCAUCAAUAGCCCAGUGGCCCAGGCCGACUGGACAGCCAAAAGACUAGUAUGGGUCCCUUCAGAGAAGCAGGGCUUCGAAGCUGCAAGCAUCAAAGAGGAGAAAGGGGAUGAAGUAAUUGUAGAGCUGGCUGAGAAUGGCAAGAAAAUCACAGUUAACAAAGAUGACAUCCAGAAGAUGAAUCCACCCAAAUUCUCCAAAGUGGAAGACAUGGCAGAGUUGACCUGCCUCAACGAAGCAUCUGUGUUACAUAACCUGAGGGAGAGAUACUUUUCAGGACUUAUUUAUACUUAUUCUGGCCUGUUCUGCGUUGUGGUCAAUCCCUAUAAACACCUGCCCAUUUAUUCAGAGAAGAUUAUUGACAUGUACAAAGGAAAGAAGAGGCAUGAGAUGCCACCCCACAUCUACGCCAUUGCGGAUACAGCCUACAGGAGUAUGCUGCAAGACCGGGAAGAUCAGUCUAUCCUGUGCACAGGUGAAUCUGGAGCUGGGAAAACAGAAAACACCAAAAAGGUCAUCCAGUAUCUGGCUGUGGUAGCUUCCUCCCAUAAGGGCAAAAAGGACACAAGCAUCACUCAAGGCCCAUCUUUUGCUUACGGUGAGCUGGAAAAACAACUUCUACAAGCGAACCCUAUUCUGGAAGCUUUCGGCAAUGCCAAAACCGUGAAGAACGACAACUCCUCGAGAUUCGGCAAAUUCAUUCGCAUCAACUUUGAUGUCACGGGCUACAUCGUGGGAGCCAACAUUGAAACAUACCUGCUGGAAAAGUCACGUGCCAUUCGCCAAGCAAGAGAUGAGAGGACAUUUCACAUCUUUUAUUACAUGAUUGCUGGGGCUAAGGAACAAAUGAGAAAUGAUUUAUUAGUUGAAGGCUUCAACAACUAUACAUUUCUUUCCAAUGGCUUUGUACCCAUUCCUGCUGCCCAGGACGAUGAGAUGUUCCAGGAGACCUUGGAGGCCAUGACAAUUAUGGGUUUCAGUGAAGAGGAACAGCUUUGCAUGUUGAAGGUUGUUUCAUCCGUCCUGCAGCUUGGAAAUAUUGUCUUUAAGAAGGAAAGAAAUACAGAUCAAGCAUCUAUGCCAGAUAACACAGCUGCUCAGAAAGUUUGCCAUCUAAUGGGUAUAAACGUGACAGAUUUCACCAGGUCCAUCCUUACACCCCGGAUCAAAGUUGGGCGGGAUGUGGUGCAGAAGGCUCAGACCAAAGAACAGGCUGACUUUGCUGUAGAAGCGCUGGCCAAAGCAACAUACGAGCGCCUCUUCCGCUGGAUACUGACCCGAGUGAACAAGGCUCUGGAUAAAACUCACCGACAAGGGGCGUCCUUCUUGGGGAUCCUGGACAUCGCUGGAUUUGAGAUCUUUGAGGUCAACUCCUUUGAACAACUCUGCAUCAAUUAUACAAACGAAAAACUACAACAACUCUUCAACCACACUAUGUUUAUCCUGGAGCAAGAGGAGUAUCAGAGGGAAGGGAUCGAGUGGAAUUUCAUUGACUUUGGCCUGGAUCUGCAACCUUGUAUUGAACUAAUUGAGAGGCCGAACAACCCUCCCGGUGUCUUGGCCCUGCUGGAUGAGGAGUGCUGGUUCCCCAAAGCCACAGACAAGUCCUUUGUGGAGAAGCUAUGCUCAGAACAGGGCAGUCAUCCCAAAUUUCAGAAACCCAAGCAGCUCAAGGAUAAGACUGAGUUCUCUAUCAUCCACUAUGCUGGAAAGGUUGACUACAAUGCAAGUGCUUGGCUGACAAAGAAUAUGGACCCCCUGAAUGAUAAUGUGACUUCUCUGCUCAAUGCCUCCUCAGACAAGUUUGUGGCUGACCUGUGGAAAGAUGUGGAUCGCAUUGUGGGGCUGGACCAGAUGGCCAAGAUGACAGAAAGCUCACUGCCUAGUGCCUCUAAGACAAAGAAGGGCAUGUUUCGGACAGUGGGGCAGCUAUACAAGGAGCAACUUGGGAAGCUAAUGACUACACUGAGAAACACCACACCCAACUUUGUCCGAUGCAUCAUCCCCAACCAUGAAAAGCGGUCUGGAAAACUUGAUGCAUUUCUGGUGCUGGAGCAGCUUCGAUGCAAUGGAGUCUUGGAAGGCAUCCGGAUCUGUCGUCAGGGCUUCCCCAAUAGGAUUGUAUUCCAGGAGUUCCGUCAACGCUAUGAGAUCUUGGCAUCAAAUGCCAUUCCUAAAGGAUUCAUGGAUGGGAAACAGGCUUGUAUCCUCAUGAUUAAAGCACUAGAACUCGAUCCCAACUUGUACAGAAUUGGGCAAAGUAAAAUAUUCUUUAGAACUGGUGUCCUAGCUCAUCUGGAAGAGGAGAGAGACUUGAAGAUCACAGAUGUCAUCAUGGCAUUCCAAGCAAUGAGUCGGGGUUAUCUGGCAAGAAAAGCCUUUGCCAAGAGGCAGCAGCAGCUCACUGCCAUGAAAGUUAUCCAGAGAAACUGUGCCGCCUACCUCAAGCUAAGGAACUGGCAGUGGUGGAGACUGUUCACCAAGGUGAAACCGCUGCUCCAAGUGACUCGCCAAGAAGAAGAAAUGCAGGCAAAGGAAGAUGAGCUCCAGAAGAUCAAAGAGAAGCAGCAAAAAGCAGAGAGUGAACUCAAGGAGCUAGAACAGAAGCACACCCAGUUGUCCGAGGAAAAGAACCUCCUUCAGGAACAGCUCCAAGCCGAGACCGAGCUGUAUGCGGAAGCAGAGGAGAUGCGGGUGCGACUGGCGGCCAAGAAGCAGGAACUGGAGGAGAUCCUGCAUGAGAUGGAGGCCCGACUGGAGGAAGAGGAGGACAGGGGCCAGCAGCUGCAGGCUGAGAAGAAGAAGAUGGCGCAGCAGAUGCUGGACCUUGAGGAACAGCUAGAGGAAGAAGAAGCUGCAAGGCAAAAAUUACAACUUGAGAAAGUCACAGCUGAGGCGAAAAUCAAGAAAAUGGAGGAUGACAUCCUGGUCAUGGAUGAUCAGAACAACAAAUUAACCAAAGAAAGAAAACUCCUCGAAGAAAGGAUAAGUGAUUUAACAACAAAUCUGGCAGAAGAGGAGGAAAAAGCGAAGAACCUUACAAAGCUAAAGAACAAACAUGAAUCUAUGAUUUCAGAACUGGAAGUACGUCUAAAGAAGGAAGAGAAGAGUAGACAAGAGCUGGAGAAAAUGAAGAGGAAGCUAGAGGGAGAAGCGAGUGACUUCCAUGAACAGAUUGCUGACCUCCAGGCCCAAAUCGCUGAGCUGAAAAUGCAGCUGGCCAAGAAAGAAGAGGAACUCCAAGCAGCUCUGGCCAGGCUCGAUGAUGAAAUUGCCCAGAAAAACAAUGCCUUGAAGAAGAUACGAGAGUUGGAGGGCCACAUCUCUGACCUCCAGGAAGAUUUGGACUCAGAAAGGGCAGCAAGGAAUAAGGCAGAGAAACAGAAAAGAGACCUGGGGGAAGAGCUGGAGGCCUUGAAGACAGAGCUAGAGGAUACCCUGGACAGCACCGCCACACAGCAGGAACUCAGAGCCAAGAGGGAACAAGAAGUGACAGUACUGAAGAAGGCUCUCGAUGAGGAGACCCGGACUCAUGAGGCCCAGGUCCAAGAGAUGAGACAGAAACACACACAGGCCGUAGAAGAGCUCACGGAGCAGCUGGAGCAGUUCAAGAGGGCUAAGGCCAACUUGGAUAAGAACAAGCAGAGUCUGGAGAAGGAAAAUGCAGAGCUGGCCCAUGAGCUGAGGUCCCUGAACCAGGCGAAGCAGGAGGUGGAGCACAAGAAGAAGAAACUGGAGGCGCAGGUGCAGGACCUCCAGUCCAAGUGCAGCGACGGGGAGCGGAUUCGAGUGGAGCUUAAUGACAAAGUCCACAAGCUUCAGAAUGAAGUGGAGAGCGUCACUGGGAUGCUGAAUGAGGCAGAGGGGAAGACCAUCAAAUUAGCCAAAGAUGUUGCCUCCCUAGGAUCCCAGCUGCAGGAUACUCAAGAGCUGCUCCAAGAAGAAACACGACAGAAGUUGAAUGUGUCUACUAAACUUCGCCAGCUGGAGGAUGAGAGGAAUAGCCUGCAAGACCAACUGGAUGAGGAAGUAGAAGCCAAGCAAAAUCUGGAACGGCACAUCUCAACUCUUAAUAUACAGCUCUCUGAUUCAAAGAAGAAACUGCAAGAUUUCGCUAGCACCGUAGAGAGCCUUGAAGAAGGCAAGAAGAAGCUCCAGAAAGAAAUUGAAGGCCUCACCCAGCAGUAUGAGGAGAAGGCAGCAUCUUACGACAAACUGGAAAAGACUAAGAACAGGCUUCAGCAGGAGCUGGAUGACCUGGUUGUGGACUUGGACAACCAGCGCCAACUGGUGUCCAAUUUGGAAAAGAAACAAAAGAAGUUUGACCAGUUGCUAGCAGAGGAGAAAAACAUCUCUUCCAAAUACGCUGAUGAAAGAGACAGAGCAGAGGCGGAGGCUCGAGAGAAGGAAACAAAAGCCUUAUCCUUAGCCCGGGCUCUGGAGGAGGCUCUGGAAUCCAAAGAAGAACUUGAAAGAACCAACAAAAUGCUCAAAGCUGAAAUGGAAGAUCUGGUUAGCUCCAAGGAUGACGUGGGCAAAAAUGUCCAUGAACUGGAGAAGUCCAAACGAGCUCUGGAAACCCAGAUGGAGGAGAUGAAGACACAGCUGGAGGAGCUGGAGGAUGAGCUGCAGGCCACCGAAGAUGCCAAGCUGAGGCUGGAGGUCAACAUGCAAGCCCUGAAGGGUCAGUUUGAGAGAGAUCUCCAAGCAAGGGAUGAGCAAAAUGAAGAGAAGAGGAGGCAGCUGCAGAAGCAGCUCCACGAGUAUGAGACAGAACUAGAAGAUGAGCGAAAACAGCGGGCCCUGGCAGCUGCGGCCAAGAAGAAAUUAGAAGUGGACAUCAAAGAUCUGGAACUACAGGCCGACUCAGCCAUCAAAGGGCGGGAGGAAGCCAUCAAGCAACUCCGUAAACUCCAGGCUCAGAUGAAGGACUUUCAAAGAGAGCUGGAAGAUGCCCGGGCCUCUAGAGAAGAGAUCUUUGCCACUGCCAAGGAGAACGAGAAGAAAGCUAAGAGCUUAGAAGCAGAGCUCAUGCAACUCCAAGAGGAUCUGGCUGCUGCUGAGAGGGCUCGAAAACAAGCUGACCUAGAGAAAGAUGAAUUGAAUGAGGAGCUGGCCAGCAGUGUAUCUGGGAGGAAUGCCCUGCAAGAUGAUAAGCGCCGCCUAGAGGCUCGAAUUGCCCAACUGGAGGAAGAACUGGAAGAAGAACAGGGCAACAUGGAGGCCAUGAGUGACCGGUUCAGGAAAGCCACACAGCAGGCGGAGCAGCUCAACAAUGAACUGGCCACAGAGCGCAGCACGGCCCAAAAGAACGAGAGUGCCCGGCAGCAACUGGAGCGGCAGAACAAGGAGCUGAAGAGCAAACUCCAAGAGAUGGAGGGGGCUGUCAAAUCCAAAUUCAAGGCGACCAUCUCUGCCUUAGAGUCCAAGAUCGCCCAGUUGGAGGAACAGGUGGAGCAGGAAGCCAGGGAAAAACAAGCAGCUACCAAGACAUUACGCCAGAAGGACAAGAAAUUGAAAGAAGUCAUGUUGCAAGUGGAAGACGAAAGGAAGCUAGCCGAGCAAUACAAAGAACAGGCUGAGAAGGGUAACACCAGGGUGAAGCAGCUGAAGAGACAACUGGAGGAGGCAGAAGAAGAAUCCCAGCGCAUCAAUGCCAACCGCAGGAAGCUCCAGAGAGAAUUGGAUGAAGCCACAGAGAGCAAUGAGGCCAUGGGUCGGGAGGUGAAUGCACUGAAGAGCAAACUCAGGAGAGGAAACGAGACAUCUUUUGCCCCCCCUAGAAGAUCUGGAGGCCGAAGAGUGAUUGAAAAUGCAGAAGGCUCAGAGGAAGAAAUAGAUGCCAGAGAUACAGACUUCAAUGGAACCAAAGCCAGUGAAUAAAUACUCUGCUGGCAUAUCGCACUGCAGUCAGAUACCCCAAAGGACAAUAUUUAGCACUGUCUAAAUCAAUUUUCAGUUCCAGUACCACAAGACACUCAACAAACACUCUUACAGCAAUGAUUAAAAAGCACAGCCCUGUCUACAGGGCAUAUGUUGACAUUUUCAAUCGUUACCAAAUUAGGAAAAAAAAAAAUCUUACCAGGAAAUAUGUGCCAUGCAUGCAUGCCUUCUCUCUGUCCUUCCUGAACUGUGCAAAUCUUUUGAGAUUUUUAGAAAGAAAAUACAGCCACAGUAUUGAAUCACUGGCAGUUUUUAAUCCCAGAUGAGCCUUAGUUUACAUGAAAUGGGGACACAGUGACCACCUCAGGUGGUCCUGUCCCCAUAAUCCUUUUCUUAACUGCAUACCCUUUGUCUGUUUUGCAUAUGCCCUUGUUUGAGGUUUGUUUUCUUCUUUCCUGGUUACUACACUUCUGAUGCACAGUUCACCAAAACAAUGAAGUGCCUUCAUUAGUCACACAUUAAAAAUGAAAUAAUUUGCUCAAAGUAAUAAAGCAGAAAUGUUGCACUGUUUUAUAUGCACCCUGAUUGUGCUUAAGGACACUUUCACUAAUAAAAGGUUAUAAAUCACUA